UGAAGCCGGUCGUUUGCGUGCUGCUGGGCAGGAGAUUGCGCUCAGAUUCCAGAUGAAAAUGUUUGAGAGUAUAGACUCUACAGCCUCAAGAUCCGGCCAGGAUCUCUGGGCUGACAUCUGCUCCUGUCUGCCAAACCCCACCCAAGAAGAUGCUGCAAACAGUGCCUUCUCGGACUCCUUUGUGGAUUGUCACCCUGCAGGUGAAGGCCAGAGGAGGGCCGCAGACUUUGCUGUGGAGCCAGCUUUAAAGCCCUGGGCUCCCUUGCAAGACUCAGAAGUGUAUUUAGCAUCUCUAGAGAAGAAACUAAGAAGAAUCAAAGGAUUAAAUGAGGAAGUGACUUCCAAGGACAUGCUACGAACUCUGGCCCAAGCCAAGAAGGAAUGCUGGGACCGAUUCCUCCAGGAGAAGUUGGCAUCAGAUUUCUUUGUGGAUGGACUUGAUUCUGAUGAGAGCACCUUGGAACAUUUCAAGAGGUGGCUCCAGCCAGAUAAAGUUGCCAUCAGUACAGAGGAGGUCCAGUGUCUGAUCCCUCCAGACUCACACGUGGAGAAGCCAGCAGCUGGGGAUAAGGCACCAGCAGCAGAACAAUAAAUUAUAUGCACAUACACAGAGCAGCUGUCUGGGUCCAGAGGGAACAGUGAAGAGGUUGGCAGCAGUGGAAGGAAGCAAGAAGAAACCCAGGGAGGGAAAUGCCUGAACUUCCACUCCACAGAGCAAACAGCUGCAGGACCCUGAGGGCUCACUUGGGGCUGGCAUCUGUGACCGUCUUGGAUGAAAUGUCUGACCCAGUAUGUGCUGGAUCCAAAUACUGGUUUCAUCUGCAUGUCACAGCUUGACUAAGCUGUGGUGCCGAGGCCAGAGGUCUGCUAAGAUCGAGUGAAGAACAGAAUGUAGAAGAGCUUGGAGACACUGUGCCCUUGUGUAUAUGUAUAAGUUAAGCAAGCCAUAUUUUUUUUGGUCUCUUCUGGGUAUUUGUACUUGUGUCUCAGACAUUCCCUUGCUAAAUUCUCAGGGGUGAGUGGAGCCUAGGAGAGUGAUGUUGGCCUCCUUGAAUCCAAGCCUACAUGGGGCUCCUCUCACAGGUCCAUAGUAAAUAGAGGGACUCUGGAGAAAUGGGCUUUUCCUUUGGCUGAUUUGUUCCUUGUGGAGAAAAUGGGCAAAAGAAGUGUGAAAAUGUGGGUGUUUAUAUCUCAGUAGAUAUGUUUUUUAUUUCAUGCAUGACUCUCCCUCAACUUUCUCCUGUACCAGGUUCCAAAUUAGACUUGUAAAUAUGGUUCAGUGUUUGACACUACUGAAUAGCUCCAAACUUGUUCCUUGUGGUAGCUUCCUUGGCUGAGCCUGCACUUUUCUUCUUGUUUGUUGUGUUCUUAUUCAUUUAAACAUUUAAA